AUGACGAAGACGGACUGGGACAUACUCAUUGCCUCAACAUGUCUCAAGCUACUGCUGUUCCCCGCAUAUCGAUCCACAGACUUUGAGGUGCAUCGCAAUUGGCUCGCCAUUACCCAUUCACUGCCGAUAUCUAAGUGGUACUACGAUACUACCUCUGAAUGGACACUGGACUACCCCCCAUUUUUCGCGUACUUUGAGAAGCUACUGUCCAUCCCAGCGUAUUUCGUCGACCCUCGUAUAGUGGACCUCAAUAACCUCAACUAUGAUUCGUGGUCCGUUAUAGCGUACCAGCGUACUACUGUUAUUGUGACAGAGCUUGUGCUUGGAGCGGCCGUUCUCAAAUUCAUUCGUGGGGCAGAGAAUCCGGCGAUGCAGCGCAUCAUUUCCGCGUCCCUCUUCUUACAUCCCGGAUUCUUGAUCGUGGACCAUAUACACUUCCAGUAUAAUGGUUUCAUGUUCGGGAUUCUGUUGUGGUCAAUACUGAUGGCUCGGAAUGAUCGCAAGCUAGCGAGUGGUUUCCUCUUUGCUGUGCUGUUGAACUUCAAACACAUCUAUCUCUACCUUGCACCAGCGUACUUCAUAUACCUUCUUCGUUCUUACUGCUUGUCGCCAUCGUAUACUCUCCUUCCUGGUCGCUUCUUAUCACUAGCCAACGUCGUGAUCCUGACAUUCCUCGCGUCACUAGGCCCCUUCCUACUCAUGGGCCAGCUUCCUCAGCUUCUGAGCCGUCUAUUUCCAUUUACUCGCGGCUUAAAUCAUGCCUACUGGGCGCCGAAUGUAUGGGCAUUGGUCACGGCACUCGACCGCGUCCUGCUCAAGGUCGUCAGCAGAGGCCAGUUGGCCGGCAUCGCUGUCAACGAGUUCGGCGUCGCAUCCACAUCUCGAGGACUCGUUGGUGAUACGGUCUUCGCGGUCCUCCCAACAGUGAAGCCUAUUCACACCUUCGCAAUCACGGUCGCAUUCCAGACGAUUUACAUGGGCAAGCUGUGGAUGAACACGUCGUAUAAGUCUUUCGUGACAGCGCUUACGCUGUGUGGAUUCACGUCUUACAUGUUCGGGUGGCAUGUGCACGAGAAGGCUAUCCUCCUUGUAUUAGUGCCGUUGAGUCUGCUUGCUGCCGAGGACAACGAACACUUUCGCACCUUCGAGAUAGCCUCAGUGGCCGGUAUAUUCUCUCUGUUCCCGUUAUUGUUUACGCCAGCAGAAACAUUGACCAAGAUCAUUUACUCGGUCCUCUGGGUCAUCUUCGUCUUGCGGCCUAUCCACCGUCAAGUCUAUCAGUUCCCGAGAUCGUUUCCUUUCGUGGUUAUCGACGUCCUUGAGAGGCUGUAUCUUGCGUGCUUCCCGCUUCUCCAAAUCUUCGUUACGGUGUUCCCGCUCUUGACGAAACGGACCACUCCGGUUGAUGGCACUUCUGACCACGCCGAUGCAGCGGAUACUGGAGUUUCUGCGCUCAAAUUCUUGCCUUUGAUGGUAACGAGCGUGUACUGUGCUAUUGGGCUUGUAUGGGCUUUUAUCCGUCUUUCUGUAAUCUACCUCGCUCGCCAAGAUUGA